UGUGAAUAUUUAAUUAAAUAUUCGUGAAGAAUCACUUCUAUUGCUUUCGAUAUUUCCCAAACUCGUUGCAAAUUCGAUAUACAAGUUGUUGAAAAUAAAGAAGCCAGUGGAAAUGGGAAAGAAAAAUAAAAAUAACCGAAGAGGGAGACUAAGGCCGCAUUAUCGUGGAAAACCCCUUUGGGAGCUUUUAGAUGAUUUACCAGAUCAUGGUGUCGGCCGGCUAAUAAUUCGAGGAUCCUGUAAACAGAUGGAAGAUUGCCCGAGCUAUAUGCGUAUUCUGAAUGUGGAUAUGUCGUCAAAAGGUCCGCAUAGGAAAAAGCAGAACAAAAUAAAAAUUGCAGUCGAAGUGCAAAGAAUCUGGCGCGGUGUCAUUUUUCCUCGAUCGGUUAAUAUCUGCAGUACAAGCCAUUUGCAUGAUUUCAAAUUGGUACCCAAAGACGAAGAAGAAAAAUAUUUAAAACAUACGAAGACAGCAAGUGAAGUGGGUUAUCACUAUUGGACAGCGGGCCAAAAGAAACGAAUAAAAGCGUUGAUAGCGCAGGGCUUGACUCCAUAUGAAGCUAAGCAGAGGGAAUUAGAAAGGAUCGCCCUAGAGAAAGCUGAAGCUGCACAACGCGCUGGUGUUGAACCAAGUAAAGAACCAGUUCCUAAAAUUGAUCCAAGUAAUUUCGCUGAUAAUUUCGACGACGUUGAGGACGAAGGAGAAAGUGAGGGGUCAUUUGAUUCAGAUGACAUACCUGAGGAGAAGGUGCAGAAAAAGAAAAAUAAAGGACAAAAUAUGAAUGACAUCAGUGAAGAAUUUAUAAAUCAACAGAAUUUUGAAAAUUUUUCUCCUGAACAAAAACUCAGAAUAGAAAAAAUGAUAGAAAAUGGCAUGGAUGCCGAUACAGCAAAACAAUUAGAAUGGGAGAGACAAGUAGCUCUUGAAGCCGCAGCUUCCAAUGGAUGUAAUGAAUCAAAUGCUGGUCCGAGUACAGGGUCAAAAAGGUCCUCGUCUCUUACUACAAAUGCGCCGAGUGCAAAAUUAACAAAAAUUGACUGAACAAAUUUAUAUUGGAUUGGAAUUAAAAAUUUGUAGCCAAAAAUUGUGAUUAUUUUCUCUUGUAACGAGUGCGCUAAUUAAGUUUGGGUUAUAUUGUAUAUAUCCCAAAUAUAUACAAAUAAUAAUUUUUUUCUUAAACUGUAGGAAUAUUAUGUUAUAAUUUUCAUAAUUCGUAAGAGCCCUAUGAGCCAGUUAAUACAAAUUGGUUUUGGCAAAGUUCUCUGCACACAGACAGAAUUUAUUUUUAGUGAUAUAUUCAGCAACAAUCAAAAUCGCUGUGGAAAAUUUUAAGUUCGAAAUAUGAACCAACUCUAAUAGAUCAAGCAAAUAAUAUGUUAAGACAUCUCCCAGUAAUUCGCAAUGAAGAGGUAAAUGCUGAAGUAAAGAGGCAGGACUUAUUACUCACCGACCGUUUCCACGACAGUCGGUUCUACGUUACCGAAACGACCCGGAUUCAUAUCUGGCCAAGGACUGUCACUCCAGCAGAAGUCCCCGUAUGCAAGUAUUAUUAUUAUAGGACUGUAAAAUUGUGUUGAAGUAUGAAAUAUGCUUGAUUUUGAAAAUAAAAUUGAAAAUAUAUUAGAUCCGAAUGCUUUA